AUGUUAAGAGACCCUGAUAUUUUAAGUAAUAUGCAAAAUUUCUUUUCGAUUAUUUAUGAACAAUUUAGCCAAGGAGGAAUAACAUUACCAUUUUCUAAUUUGAUUAGUAUAUAUCAUAGAAUAUAUGAAUGUGAUUUUAUGCAACGAUAUUAUUCAUCAGAUGAAAGAAUAGAAAAUCUUAAACGUAUUUUAUAUAUUCAGAAAUCCUUUUUUGAUGAAUUCUCGGAUUUAUACAAUGGAGUCAUCAAUAUACAUAAUGGAGAAGGUGAAACUACAAUAAUAUUCAUCGAUGGAAUGCUAGAUGGAAUGAAAGCGAAAAUAAGAACUAUACUUGAUGUAAAAUUUAGAUUAUUUGAUGAUUUCGAUCUAAAAUAUGAAGAACUUGAUAACUUAGAAAAUUUGGUGAAACAAUCCAUUGAUAGUGCUAUGCGUAUUGAUAAACUGGAUUUACUAAAAUCUAAAAAAAAAAUAGAUACCACAAAAGCUAUUUCUAUGAUAGAAGAUUUAGUGUUUGAUAAAUUGAAGAGAUAUAUAUCUACUAAUAAAUAUGAUAAAGAAACUAUUUGCAAUAAUAACAGGAUUAUAAUAAAAGAAAUUCAUAAUACUAGUUUAAAUAUAUUGCCUAAAAU